UGAUCCUAUGGAAAAUGGCCUUUAUCUUAGUCAUCACAAAGACCUGUCUUAUUCUCUUAAUCCUUACACAUCUGUUUUGAAGAGAAAUGCUCCUACCAAUAGCAUGAUCAUUUCAACUUUAUCUAAUGACAGUGGGAGUUUUAAAAGGCUAAGGAGAACCCCAAGUCUUGGUGAGUCUUUUGGAAGCAAUAGCACUUUUUAUAGUACUGAUAGCAGCAGUGGUGGCAGCAGCAAUUGUAGUUUACCAAGAAUUGGUAGCACUAAUAGUGUGAAUAGCUUGUCAUUGCAACCAGGGAUUCAUUUUCGCGAUCAUGUUUGGGCAUUGAACCAAAGGUACCUUGCUGCUGAGGCUAUUGAAGAGGCAGCAGCUGAUAUAAUUAAUCAGGAGGAGGAAAAUGGGGAAGGUAUGAAGUUAGUCCAGCUUUUAAUUACUUGUGCUGAAGCUGUGGCUUGUAGAGAUAAGUCCCGUGCAUCGGUGUUGUUAUCGGAGCUACGUGCCAGUGCAUUAGUAUUUGGGACGUCUUUCCAGCGCGUAGCGUCCUGUUUCAUGCAGGGGUUGGCUGAUAGGCUGGCUCUGGUGCAGCCGCUUGGCACGGUUGGUUAUGUUGCUACCCCUGCUAUGAAUAAAACAGACAUUGCCUUGGAGAAGAAAGAAGAAGCUUUGAGGUUGCUUUAUGAGACAUGCCCACAUAUUCAGUUUGGUCAUUUUGUAGCUAAUUGCUCGAUAUUGGAAGCCUUUGAGGGAGAGAGUUUCAUUCAUGUGGUUGAUUUGGGAAUGAGCCUUGGUUUGCCUCAUGGUCACCAAUGGCGUCGUCUUAUUCAGAGUCUUGUUAAUCGCCCUGGCCAGCUCCCACAUCGCCUUAGGAUCACUGCUGUUGGACAGAAUAUCGAGAAAUUGCAAAUUAUUGGAGAUGAGCUUGAGGACUAUGCAAGAAGCCUUGGUAUCAAUUUGGAGUUUUCAGCUGUGGAAAGCAACUUGGAAAACCUUAAACCAAAGGACAUUAAAGUAUAUGAUGGCGAGAUACUCGUGGUUAACAGCAUUCUUCAGCUCCAUUGCGUGGUGAAGGAAAGCCGCGGUGCUCUCAACUCUGUUCUGCAGGUAGUUCAUGAACUUUCUCCAAAGAUUCUAGUCCUUGUAGAGCAAGACUCGAGUCACAACGGACCCUUUUUUCUCGGGAGAUUCAUGGAAGCACUGCAUUAUUACUCUGCUAUCUUCGACUCCCUUGAUGUCAUGCUGCCUAAGUAUGACACCAGGCGAGCCAAGAUAGAGCAAUUUUACUUUGCAGAGGAGAUUAAGAACAUUGUAAGCUGCGAGGGACCAGCAAGGGUGGAAAGGCACGAGAGGGUGGACCAAUGGCGUAGGAGGAUGAGCCGAGCAGGUUUUCAAGCAGCACCUAUUAAGAUGGUGUCACAAGCCAAACAGUGGCUUGCUAAAGUGAAUGGACAUGAAGGAUUCACCAUCACAGAAGAGAAGGGUUGCUUGGUUCUUGGAUGGAAAUCGAAGCCUAUCGUGGCUGCCUCUUGCUGGAAAUGCUGAUCAAUCAUAUGAUCAUCUUCAACAACAAUGUCAUUUU